AGAAAGUAGUGUUCGUGUUAAUGUAAUAUUGAUUUAGUUUGCAUAAAUUAUGUUUGUCGUAAACGUUUACAGGUAUUUAGAACAGUUAUUCAAAGUAAAUUAAAAAAAUAAGCAGCUUCCUUGUGUCUAAAGUGAUUACAAUCGAAUUUCGAAUUUGCCGCCAUAACCUCGGAGCGUACGUGUGUGAAAUGUUUUCAUAUUUCGAUUAAUUAUGGCGGACUGCGGCUGAGCGAAGUUCAUUUUUCCAUCCGGAGUGCAAAUAAUUAGUUGAAACGUUGAUGUGCUUCGAUAAAUAAGCGCAGAGGCGGUCGGGGAGUAUCGGGUGGGCGGCGUUCGGCGAUGGCGGAGAACAGGAGUUCGGUAGACGUCGUUAUGCCGGACAUUACCGAAGUGACCGAGCCCGAUCCGCUGGCAGCGGCGAGCGAGCGCGAAGUCGAGAGGCUGGAGCGCGACGGCGGCGCGCUCAAAGCGGCCCGUCUCGCCGAUUCCAACGGCGUGGUGACCGUGCCCGUGUCCCUUCCGGUCGGAACUCUGAUAACGGGAACGACCUUCAAUGUGAUCACAUCGGACCAGCUGCCGGGGCAUUUUAAGCCGAUGCUCUGCGUGGACAACGGUUUCAUAUCAGGCGGGCCGGUGACCGAGGAUAUAAAAGCGACACACAUAGUGAUACAGAAUCCGCCGUCGCCGCGACACGAUGAAGGUUCACAGGCGCCAACGCGAGCGAGCGCUCGAUCGUGGGCAGAGACGGCGAACAUGCCCAUCCUGCCAGUGCGGUGUAAGAAUACUUCUGCGGAGUUGCACAAGCAGCGGUUCGGUUCGGGGGGCCGCGGGAGGUGUAUUAAGUACGGAUUGGAGUGGUACACGCCGAGCGAGUUCGAGGCGCUGUGCGGGCGGGCGUCGAGCAAGGACUGGAAGCGCUCGAUAAGGUUCGGCGGCAGGAGCAUUCAGGCGCUGAUCGACGAGGGUGUGCUGACGCCUCACGCCACCAGCUGCACCUGCGGCGCGUGUUGCGACGACCAGUCUGCCAUGGGCCCGGUCCGUCUCUUCACACCCUACAAGCGGCGGAGACGCAACCAAGAUGAGGGCACCGAGAAGAAGCCCAAGAUCAAACGGGACAGCAGUCUUGGAGACAGCGACAUGGACAACAUACACAACACUAGCAAUAAUAGCCACUCGAAGGAGGCUUGGCAGACCAUAGCGGAGGGCUUGGAGAGCAACGCUGAUUAUCAUCUGCUGGAGGCUCCUGAUACUAGCAAUGAUCCUACUGCCAGUCUCCCAGACAUGAGCGGCGUGCUAAAGCGUCUCGACGACAUCGGAGCGACACUGUCGCGACUAGCCACCGAGUUGAAGCAAUGUGUCGAAGAUGUUAGAGGUGUCUCCGCUAGACAGUUAGCCAGGAUAGAGCAAGAGAGAGCCGGGGCGUUGCUUCAAGCGGUAGAGCAUGAUGCGGCGCUACAUAGCGCGGACGACGCGGAGUCUAAGAAGUGUGCGAACUGCAAUCGCGAGGCAUCAGCCGAGUGCUCCCUCUGCCGCCGCACGCCGUACUGCUCCACCUACUGCCAGAAGAAAGACUGGGCCUCCCACCAGAUAGAGUGCCUUCGCUCCGUGCCCACCAUUCACGACCAGCACCAGUCCAUCAUGCUGAUCGUGGAGAGCCAGCACCAAUAGCGAGAGCCUAAACUGGAGAGGCUUCGCCCGAGUGUCCUACGUCGUCGGUGACAAAGCACGCCCCUGCCAGAAUAGGGGACGCCCCACAAGCCCUAACACGUCGACUUCCGUCAGAAUACGGACAUUACCGCUAUAUAACCUUGAAUUAACCCUUAAAUGCAUAUUGUAUCCUGUAUUAUAUUUGAAAUUUCUAAUGUGAAAAAAAUAAACAUCGCAUUUGAGACUUGUUGUUGAUGCGUCACAGUCUAUAAUUGACAUUGACUGAUAUGCCAUUUCAGUUGUAGCCAUUUGACUACAGUAUGCAUUAAAGGGUUAAUUUUUAACUUUGGACUCAGUAAGGAUGCCAACGGGCUCAGAAUAAAUUUAAAACUGGAUCCAGACCAGAGGCCGUGAGUUCAAGUCUCCGUGCAGACAUCAGGGUACGUACCCAAAUGCACAAACGCUCACGUUAAUAUCUGUUUAACUAUCUAUCUCUAUCGCUCUCACGGAUUGGCGCGACAAAGCCAGACUGCAUUUUUGUCGGCGUCUGGCGUCGACGAUUGCCAUUCGACCACGCCGGCUGGAUCCAUUGGCCGUGUGUUCCAUUCUCACCCCAGGGCAGACAUGUUCCAUUUUUAAAUUUAUUCUAAGCCUAACCUUGAAUCGCUUUAUACAGUCGAGUUCAUAAAGAUGUGUACACUUUUUCACCUUAUUGCAACAAGUUAAGGUGACGAGAUGUACACAUAUUUAUGAACUCCACCGUACCUCUCUGUAUAUUCUCUGUACUUUUAGGUAUUUGAAAUAACGUAAACAUAUAAUUUAUACGUUUUAGGGUCGCCCGAUAGUACCCUAUCAUAUGUUUAUCAUAGAUAUAUGAUCAUAGGCAACAUGC